CAGCAAGUUCAGUGGAUAGGACAGGCGGAGACACAGCAGGGAGCGAGGAAAGACGGUUGGAUUUUUCGGAUUUAUUUCAAUGCUAGAGGCCUGACAGGUAAGGCAGAUUAACUCAGGACGUGGAUAGAUCCAACUCUGCAAGAUGUUGCUCAUUAUCUUCAGCCUGGCAGUAGGGGCUCUCCUUUAUUAUAUGUUCAUGCGCAAGAACCCCCAGACCAUCCCGGAGGGAGAUGGCUGGUGGGGCGAAGGGGAUCGCCGGGCUUCGGAGGUGGACGAUGAACCGAUUGAGCCCUUCAAAAUUGAAGUGUCGGAGCAAAUGAUCCAGGACCUGCACAGUCGUCUGGACAACACCCGUUUCACUCCGUCACUGGAGGGCAGCAGCUUUCACUACGGCUUUAACUCCACCUACCUAAGGAAGCUGGUGGCCUACUGGAGAAAGGACUAUGAUUGGCAGAAGCAGGUGGAGCACCUAAACACCUUCCCACAUUUCAAAACCAAAAUCGAAGGAAUCCAGGUGCACUUUGUCCAUGUGAAACCGGUAGUGGGAGCGGCGCGGCCGCUGAUGAUGAUCCACGGCUGGCCCGGAUCCUUCUACGAGUUCUACAAGGUGAUCGCACAGCUGACGGAGCCCGGGGCCCAGCUCGGGGGCUUCGAGGUGGUCUGUCCCUCCAUCCCUGGCUAUGGCUUCUCCGAGGCACCGUGCAGACCAGGCUUCAACUCGCUGGCAGCCGCCCGUGUUUUCCACAAGCUGAUGCGGCGACUGGGCUUGGAGCGGUACUACGUCCACGGCGGAGAUUGGGGAGGACUCAUCGCCACCAACAUGGCCCAGAUGAAGCCAGAGAACGUGAAAGGAAUCCACUUGAACUUCUUCCCAGUCUCCAGGCUGGGGUUGCAGCAUCUCCCCUCGGUGAUCCUGGGACCGUACCUUCCUUCCUUGAUGGGAUUCACUCGGACCGACGUGGAGAGGAUGUUCCCCUUCGUGCAGAAGAACAUCUACACCUUGCUGAGAGAGUCCGGCUACAUGCACAUCCAGGGAACUAAGCCAGACACUGUUGGCUCCGCACUCAAUGACUCUCCUGCGGGACUGGCUGCCUACAUCCUGGAGAAGUUUUCCAGCUGGACCAGCCUGGGUUUCCAGGACCUGGAAGAUGGCGGAUUGGACAGGAAGUUCUCUCUGGACGAGCUGCUGACCAACGUGAUGAUCUACUGGGUGACGGGUUCCAUCACCUCCUCGAUGAGGAUGUACAAGGAGAACCUUGGAGUGAACCCAAUGAGCAGGAUAGAUGCCAAGGUGGGAGUCCAUGUCCCGGCUGGAUUGGCUGCCUUUCCCAAUGAGCUGAUGCACGUGCCCCUGGUCUGGGCGAAGCAGAAGUACAAGAGGAUCGUGUCCUACUCCUACAUGUCGCGGGGAGGUCACUUCGCUGCCUUCGAGGAGCCUCAGAUGAUCGUCGACGAUCUUGUGCGCUUCAUCCGAUGUGUGGAGAAGAGCGGCUGAGAUCCCGGUGUGACUGGGGAACAUCCCGGCUGGGAAGCCCUGUUGAACAAUCCACCCCAUGGCUUGGAUUACGACCUCCCUUCCCCUUCAGGACCGUAGUCACUUGCUGCUCACCUGUGCACGUUGGAGCCAAUCGGCUUGAGUAGUAAUGGUGGACUCUUUCCUGUUGACACGCUGCCAACUACACAGUCGGAGGCUGUAGUACUUCACUGUUAGGCUGAUAAAUAAAACAUAAACAUUCCUCACCAA